AUGAGAGAGAAGGCAGCAUUCCGAGGCACAACGCGAUAUGCUAGCAUCGGGGCCCUAGAGAUGAAAGAUCAGUGUCGAAAGGAUGACGUCGAGGCAUGGUGGUAUAUGGUGUUGGAAUGGAUGAUUGGACAACUACCAUGGAAACAUUGCCGCGUAUUGAAACACACGCCGAAAGAGUAUAUGGCAAACAUCAUACUGUAUAUUGAUACACUUGAAUACAAUUCUAUACCAGACUAUGAUCACAUCGCUGCAAAUCUUGAAGCUGCUAUGGAG